ACCUUAAUCACCAUCCUUCCUUCCUCGUCAUUAGCUUCCUUCCGCAACUUCGCAUCGUCGUUGCUGUAGAACGUAGCUCAUCAUCGUCAUUCUCCACUUCUGGUAGCUUCAACGUCUCCCUACAGCCUCCCUCAGUCUCUCUCUCUCUACCUCACAGGCAUCCGCAACACACCACACGUACCGCACUCCAACAACGACGAGUAUCACUCGACGAUAGCCAUUCUGUUCUAAAGCCUCUUCAGGCCAAACAAGUCUACACAGUCUUCCGGCGCUGGCGCUGUUGUCAAUACUCACCCAGCUACCGCACCCCCAAAAUGGCGCCCAGCAUUCGCACCCGUAACAAUGCUGCUGCCGCUGCCGCUUCCCCGCCUCUGGCACCUGCCGACAGCGCACCACGCUACUCAUCCUACAGCAAGCCCACCAGCCUCUCUGGGCGCUCCGUGUCCCCCAAGCCCAUCAAGAGGCUACCCAACCAGCCCUUCAUAGGCAAGUCACCCACCUCCAUCGCCUCUCAAAUCGUGCCUCUUGCUGGCCUCACCAUCCUGGCCCUCGUCGUCAGGCUAUGGAAGAUCGGCCAGCCUUCCAGCGUCGUCUUUGAUGAAGUGCACUUUGGUGGCUUCGCUUCGAAGUACAUCAACCGCAAAUUCUUCAUGGACGUGCACCCACCUCUGGCCAAGCUCCUCAUCGCGGGCACUGCCCAUCUCUUCAACUUUGAUGGCAAGUUCGACUUCAAGGACAUUGCCAGCGAGUUUCUCAUUGGAGAUCAUCAGCCCGUACCUUACGUGGCCAUGCGACUUCUGCCAGCCUUCCUCGGUGUAGCUCUCAUCCCGCUCUGCUACCUCACUCUUCGCGCCCUCUCCAUGCGUGGGACAACCGCCCUGGUCGGCUCGGUGUUGCUCCUCUUCGAUAAUGCCAUGGCAACACAGUCGCGCCUCAUCCUCCUCGACUCCUUCCUCGUCUUCUUCACUGCAUCCACAGUCUUCUGCUGGAUCGAAUUCUGCAACACGGAGAGGCGACGCGCAUUCACCAUCAACUGGUGGGCCUGGCUCGCCUCGACGGGCUUCUUCCUCGGCUGUGUCGUAUCCACAAAGUGGGUAGGACUCUUCACCAUUGCUAGCAUUGGAGUGGCCACUGUCACCCAGCUUUGGAAUCACUUGGGCAACAUUCAUCUCCCGAUGUCCGUUCUCUGGAAGCAUUUCAUCGCACGAGGAGCCUGCCUCCUAGGCAUUCCUCUUGUCGUCUACCUCGCAACCUUUGCCGUGCACUUGGGCGUCCUCAACCACUCUGGCGAUGGUGAUGCAUUCAUGUCCUCGGCUUUCCAACAUACUCUCAUCGGUCACGGCAUGCCAGACACUUUCGCCGACGUUGCAUUGGGCUCCACCAUCACGCUCCGCCAUCUAAAUACUCAAGGAGGGCUUCUGCACUCACAUUCUCACAACUACCCUGCCGGAUCGCUUCAGCAACAGAUCACCCUCUACCCUCACAUCGAUGAGAACAACGAGUGGCUUGUCUUGGCUGCGCCAGGACCCGAUGACCCGCCUACUCCCGUCGAUGAGAAGGGUGUACCGCUCACCACAGAUGGACCGCACGAAGUGGAGAAGUACAAGAGCAAGAAGGUGCAGGCACUCCUCGAUGGAAUGGAGAUCAGACUGGUCCACCGAAAGACGGACAAGCGCCUUCACUCGCACGAGCCUCACCGCCCCCCGGUCACCGAGUCCGAUUUCCAGAAUGAAGUCACUGCUUACGGCUUCCCAGGCUUUGCCGGUGACGCCAAUGACAACUGGAAGGUCGAAAUCGAAUAUGCCACUGGAGGGGACUCGGAGGCCUCUAACAGGGUGCGAUCACUGCGAACCAUCUUCCGACUGAGGCACACUCUCACCGGUUGCUAUCUGUUCAGCCACAAGAUUGCUCUCCCAGACUGGGGCUUUGGGCAGCAAGAAGUGACUUGCAACAAGUCGCCCACAAUGCCCAACUCCCUGUGGUACGUAGAGACUUCUACCCACCCUCGUCUGUCGAUGCACGGAAACAAGAGUCUGGCAACGGACGAGGAAGGCGAGAUCGACAACUAUGCUGCCAACCCUGCGCAGACGAUCAACUACAUUCGCCCUACCUUUAUGCACCGGUUCUGGGAGCUGCAGAAGGUCAUGUGGGAAACCAAUGCGGGUUUGACGGAGCGACACUCCUACGACUCGCGUCCCUCGACCUGGCCCACGAUGAAGAGGGGUAUCAACUUCUGGUCAAAGGACCACCGACAGGUGUACCUCCUUGGAAACCCCAUUGUCUGGUGGGGCAGUACAGUCGCCGUCCUCGUCUACGUUGGCACUAGGGCUCUUCUGAUGCUGCGAGCCAAGAGGGGAGCUCAGGACUUCCUCGACUCGACGAUUGUCUUUUACGACAGGACUGCCUCUUUCCUCUUCAUCUCCUACUCGCUUCACUUCUUCCCCUUCUUCCUCAUGUCCCGCCAGCUUUUCAUUCACCACUACCUCCCGGCACUCUACUUUGCGGUCCUUCUCCUGGCACUCCUCUUUGACCUGCUCACUGCUGGACUGCGACCCCGGUUCAGGCUGGCGGCCGCCACUGCCCUGAUCGUCGUGGUGGUGUGGGCUUAUGCUCAAUUUGCACCACUGACGUACGCAGGCGAGUGGACGUCCAAGGGCUGCGAGGGAGCGCGAUGGCUCAAGACUUGGGACUUCAACUGCAGAGAGUUCCCCAACUCACUCUCGCAGUACUCUACCAUGCCACCCGGCAUCCAGUCCAUCCCCUUCACCGCCCCAGUGGGAGCCAUCGAAGCCACGGCUUCUUCCGGUCUCGACAUCGGUGCUCCUCAGCCCGUUGGCCACGCUUUCGAAGAGGUGCCCAAAGUGGCCGCGGAAUCGCCUCUAGGCGAAGCAGUUGCUCCCCCUUCGGAUCCCAUUGCGGCAGCCGCCCCCGCCCCGGUGGAAGCAGUGCAUGUUGAGUCACCUGCCGACGGUGGAGCAGCGGGAGUCGUUGCUGAGCCAGCUGCCCCCAAGGAGGAAGACCUCUUUGCAACUAUCCAAACCCUCUUCCAGCCUGGGGACGGAGUGGUGGAGCACCACGAGGCUACACCUUCUUCUGCUUCGGCUUCGGAGGGAGGAGAAGCCGCACAUCACACCAUUUCCCCCGAGGGACUGGACCAGGACCAUGUAGAGGAGAUGGUGCUUGGUGGAACGGCGGUUUUGGCACAGCCUUGAAAGGAGUGGGAGUGGGUAGGAAGGGGUAUGGGCAGUAUAGAAAGUCAAGGAAGAAGGGCUGGGUGAGGCUACUGGGAAUGGGUGGAAGAAGAGGUGGGACGAAGCGCAUGGCGAUUCCCUGGCAAGGCCGUGUGAUACUCGAUGGAAAGAUCUUUUCCUCCUUUGGGCUCUCCUUCUCCCCCUCUCUACCUCAAACGUGUAACUUUUUCUCUCUGGAAGUUUCGUCUCUUUCCUGGCUGUACAUUUGCUUUUCGGCUGCAUCGUUUCACCAUGAAUGGACGAAUCCAAUGAAGGAGCUCACCCUAGUCAAAGAGCCUCCACUCAUCCCAU